AUGGCCAGGCUCGUCCUUUCCCUCCUGCUCCUGUGCGGAUGCCAAAAUAGUCUCUGCCAGACGUCCUCGGAGGCUCAGAAGGAGACAGGCCCCAACGACAACAGCACGGUUUUCACCAGGAUCCUGGAUGGGCUUCUAGACGGCUACGACAACAGGCUCCGGCCGGGUCUUGGAGAAAAUGUCACCGAGAUCAAGACAAACAUUUUUGUCACCAGCUUCGGCCCCGUGUCCGACACCGAGAUGGAAUACACCAUCGACGUAUUCUUCCGUCAGAGCUGGAAGGACGAGCGUCUGUGCUUCAAGGGGCCCAUGGAGAUGCUGCCGUUAAACAACCUGCUGGCCAGCAACAUAUGGACUCCCGAUACUUUCUUCCUUAAUGGCAAGAAGUCUAUUGCUCACAACAUGACCACGCCCAACAAGCUGCUGAGGCUGAAAGAUGACGGCACUCUGCUUUACACAAUGAGACUGACCAUAUCAGCAGAAUGCCCCAUGCAGCUGGAGGACUUCCCCAUGGACGCACACGCCUGCCCUCUCAAGUUUGGCAGCUAUGCCUAUCCGGUGUCAGAGGUGGUCUAUACUUGGACUCAGGGAGCUGCGAAGUCUGUGGUGGUGGCAGAGGACGGCUCCAGGCUAAACCAGUACCAUCUUAUUGGGCAGACUGCUGGCACAGAGGACAUACACACAAGCAGAGGACAGUACACUGUGAUGAUGGCCCACUUCUACCUGAAGAGGAAGAUUGGAUAUUUUGUCAUCCAGACGUAUAUGCCGUGUUUCAUGACUGUAAUCCUGUCCCAGGUGUCGUUUUGGCUAAACAGAGAGUCAGUCCCUGCUAGGACUGUCUUUGGGGUGACCACUGUGCUGACCAUGACCACCCUCAGCAUCAGCGCCAGGAACUCGCUCCCCAAAGUGGCCUACGCUACUGCCAUGGACUGGUUCAUUGCUGUCUGCUACGCUUUCGUCUUUUCUGCCCUCAUUGAGUUUGCCACAGUGAACUACUUCACCAAGAGGAGCUGGGCCUGGGAUGGCAAGAAAGCUCUGGAGGCACAGCACCCUAAGAAACGAGACCCCAUGGUGCUGUCGAAGAAGCCCAACAACGUCUGCUCAGCGGGCGUCAACUACACCCCCAACCUCACCAAGGACGUGUCCAUUUCCACAAUCUCAAACACCACGUCGGUGCAGCUGCGAGCCUCCGAGACCAAGAUGGCGGACCCCAAGAAGACCUACAACAGCGUCAGCAAGAUCGACAAGAUGUCUCGGAUAGUGUUCCCCGUCCUCUUUGGAACCUUCAACCUCGUCUACUGGGCCACGUACCUUAACAGAGAACCGGUGGUGAAAGGAGUUGUCACCUCAACGUAA